AUGGCAAUGCCACCCACUACCUCUUGCGGCUGUGUCAGGACCGCAGAUCAGUCAAUGCCGGAUCUGGAGCCUGCCAUGUUCCCGCAGUUCGAUCUAUCUGAGGUGACACAGUCCAAGUCCCUGGAAUAUGCCAGCAAGAUCGAUCACGUUGCACCGCCAGGAGAUGUGAGCGACACGUGCACUGCUCUCUGGGCGGCAUGGGCGAUCCUUCUUGGCUGCUUCACCGGGCUGGAUAAUGUGUGCUUUGGCUUUGACUGUCAGCACAGCGUUACCGCAGCGUCGGGUCACGCAGAGCGCAUGAGACAAGCAGUGCAUAUUCGGUUGCCUGCCAAUCAGCGUGUCGAUGAAAUUCUCACCGGCAGCUUUUCAUCGCUGGUUGCAGUGGGCGACAGCAAGGCUAAAGAGCUAUUCAACACUAUUUUGUCAAUUCAGAGCUUCGGACCAGAGAAAAGCAAGGACGUCGGAGACUUUCCUUCGUGGUGCAAGAUCCGCAUGACGAUAGAUCCUGUAACGCUCGACACUGUCUUGACAUGGGACCCCUCCUUCAUGAGCCGCGAUCAAGCGGAGAACAUCAGCAGCACCUUUGACAAAACCUUCAGAGAAAUCACCAACCGACCUGACAAUCUCGUAUCAGAGAUCGACUGCUUCAGUGAGAGGAAUGAGCGACAAGUCCUGGCCUGGAAUAGCAACACUCUGAGAGAUGUGCACAAGUGCAUCCACCAAGCUAUCUCAAUGCAAGGAGCAUUGAGACCUGAAGCAGAAGCCGUUUGCGCUUGGGAUGGAAGCUUUUCCUACCAACAAGUCUUGUCCCUGGCAGAUCGCCUUGCCUCUCGUCUGCAAACCUCUGGGGUUGGACCUGAAGUCCUUGUGCCCAUCUGCUUCGACAAGUCUAAAUGGGUUAUCGUUUCCAUGCUGGCAAUCCUCAAAGCAGGUGGUAUCUUUGUUCCCCUCGACCCAUCACAGCCACUUCUUCGUCUACAAUCUCUCGCGCAGAAAGUAGAAGCCAAGACGAUCUUGUGCUCCCCUCAGCAUCAGCGCAUGCUUGAAAGCGUAGCGCCAGAGUUAAUCCCUGUCGACGAGCAGCUGUUCAGCCAACUACCCUAUCAGAUCGAUGAGAUUGACUGUGGAUCGUGGCGAAACGGAGCCUACAUGAUAUUCACGAGUGGCACAACGGGCGAGCCCAAAGGCGCCCUCAUCGAGCACGGAGCUCUCAUGUCAAGUGCACUCGCCCACGGACCUGCAAUGAUGAUGGACUCCAACACGCGAUCAUUCCAAUUCGCUGCGUCUACCUUUGACGUGAGCAUCACUGAAAUCUUGACCUGUAUGAUCUUGGGUGGAUGUGUCUGUAUACCCAGUGAAGACGAUCGACUCAACGCUGUUGAAGAGGCCAUCACACAGCUUCGAGCAAACUGGGCGCUGUUGACCCCGACUUUCGUCAAGUUCAUUAACCCUGCCAAUGUCCCUACUUUGAAGACGCUCGUUACUGGUGGAGAGGCCAUGACACAGGCUGUCAUCCGUUCGUGGUCGCACAUCAACCUCAUCAAUUGCUACGGCCCCGCUGAGACGUCUGUUGUUUCGCACGUUCAUCGGGGCAUGGUACAAGGGACUAAUCCUCUGAACAUUGGCCAUCAGGUCGGCAUACACUGCUGGGUUGUGGAUCGGGAUAAUCACAAUCGCCUGAUGCCUGUUGGUGCAGUGGGCGAGCUCGUCAUCGAGGGCCAUACUCUCGCACGCGAGUACUACAAGGAGCCUGAGAAGACGAGCGAAGCCUUUAUUGAAGACCCAUCAUGGGCAAGAACCCCGCCGUCGCGGAGUGGCCCCAGACGAAUGUACAAGACGGGCGAUCUCGUCAAGUACAACCACGAUGGGACCUUUCACAUCGCCGGUCGCAAAGAUGCGCAGAUCAAAUUUCACGGGCAGCGUAUCGAACUCGGAGAGAUAGAGCAUCACAUCAAUGCCAGUGCCAGUAUCAAGCACGGCAUGGUCGUCUUACCCAGAGAGGGCUAUUGCGAUGGUAGACUUCUUGCCAUCGUGCAGCUCUGCGAUGCCAUGAGCCAGGACCUCGUGCCUGAUGGCCAGCCGUACAAGCUUAUUGAUGGCGAUCUUGAGAGUAACGUGCAGGACACGAUCGCAGAGACAAAGGAGCUUCUUGGUAAGAGGCUACCCUCAUACAUGAUACCCUCUAUGUGGAUUGCAGUCGAGUUCAUUCCUCGUCUCCAAUCUGGGAAACUCGAUCGGAAACAAACUGCAAAAUGGAUCGACAACAUGAGCGAGGCUCUGUAUAGACAACUCAAUCCUGUGACAGCAGCCAUACAACACUCUGGGGAUCUCAAGUGCGAAAGCAAGAUCGAGCUAGAACUACACAAGAUCUGGACUUACGUCUUGAACCUCAAAGCAGAACAGCUCGGCCUCGCACAAUCCUUCCUCAGCGUCGGCGGUGACUCCAUCUCCGCGAUGCAAGUCAUGAGCGAGUGCAAGAAACGUGGUCUUGGCCUUGCAGUCUCACCCAUCAUCAACUGCAAGUCCAUCAGGGCACUGGCACUUCAGGUCAAGGAUAUCGAAAGACCUGCGCUUCGACAUGAGAUGGUAGAUGAGCCGUUUGACCUCUCGCCUAUACAGAAGUUAUAUUUCGCGAGGCCGAACUAUGACCAGGGUCACUACAACCAGAGCUUUCUCCUUCGGACUAGUCAGCGUAUCCGUGAGGCAGAUCUACGAACGGCGAUGGAGGCUCUUAUUCUCAGGCACUCGAUGCUUCGGGCGAGGUUCCAGCAGGAUGCUAGUGGGGAGUGGCAGCAACGCAUCACCGAUGGAAUUACGUCCUCGUAUCGACUGCGUGCCUUGGAGCUGACUUCACAAGAGGACGUCGAUGACUCACUUGUCGACAGCCAGACGUGCCUAGAUCCUGUCCACGGUCCACUUGUCGCCGCUGACUUGAUCGACCGAGGAGCAGAAGAGCAGCUGCUGUUCGUCGUGGCGCAUCACCUUGUCAUCGACCUUGUAUCCUGGAGAAUCAUCCUCCAAGAGCUCGAGGAGAUAUUACUCCGACCCGAAGCCGUGCACGAUGCAGUUAGUCCACUUCCGUUUCAGGUCUGGUGUAAGAUGCAGUCCGAGCAUGCUGAGGCGCAGACACCAGACCAAGUUCUGCCGAUUCAGGGCAUCCCUGAUGGAGACGCUGAGUACUGGGGUAUGAGAGACACUCCCAGCGUCUAUGGGCAGAUGGUUCGUCAAGGCUUUGAGGUUGGGCCUCAGCAAACAUCUGUUCUUGUAUCCAAAUGUCAUGACGCCCUACGAACAGAGAUCCCAGACGUUCUUAUGGCAGCGAUGGCCUACUCCUUUGGCCAGGUAUUCACCAACCGUUCAAUUCCAGCCAUAUUUGCAGAAGGUCAUGGCAGAGAAGUCUGGGACACCUCAAUCGACCUGUCCAACGUGGUCGGAUGGUUCACUACCAUUUACCCCGUCUUCGCUGGGUCAGACUCGCAGACUAGUCUUAUCGAUACAGUCAAGAUGAUCAAAGACGCAAGACGCAAAGUCCCCUAUAACGGCCGGCCCUACUUUGCAAGUCGGUGGUUGACAAAGGCGGGUAACGAAGCCUUUUCACGCCACUGGCCUUUGGAAAUCACGUUUAAUUACCUUGGCCAGUACCAGCAACUGGAGCGUGAGGGUGCGCUUUUCACUCCUGAGAGCAAUAUCGCUGGUGAGAUCAGGGAGGCCAGUCAAGGUGCAGACGUCGGGCCUUUGACAGCUUGUAUCUCCCUAUUCGAGGUGUCAGCAGUCAUAGUCAAGGGAUCUCUCCGUUUCUCAUUCGGGUUCAACCAGAAUAUGAAACACCAACCUCAGAUCCGCGAGUGGAUUUCUUGCUGUGAACAGAGUCUCGGCGAAGUCAUUACAUCUCUGGCUUCGAUGGCACCUGAGCCUACUCUGAGCGACUUUCCGCUCUUGUCUCUGACGUAUGAUCGGCUGAGGGUAUUUACAGAAGAGAAACUCACCGAGGCUGGCAUCACAGACAUUAGUCUUGUUCAAGACGCAUAUCCUUGCUCUCCGAUGCAGUCAGGGCUUUUGGUCAGCACCACCAGAGAGAACGCCGCUUACGCAGCCUACACACUUCACGAGGUCAAGAGCAAGAGCGGAGAGGCAGUGGAUGUCGAGAAGCUCAUUGCUGCAUGGAAGCGCAUGGUGCAGUACCAUGCUAUUCUUAGGACUAUCUUCUUGGAGAGCGUGACGUUGGAGGAUUCUAUCUACGACCAAGUGGUGCUCAAGGAAGUCGAAGUUCCAUUCACUGUUUCUGAGAGCGGCACAGAUGAGGAUGCGAUUGCGGCGCUGAAAGUACCUACGAACCAUGGCGACAACGCAUCACGGCUUCUACACCACUUCCACGUUUGUGUUGCGAAAAGCGGCAAGGUCUUUUGCAGGUUGGACAUCAGUCAUGUCAUCAUGGAUGGAACUUCAUUGUCACUCCUCUUUCGCGAUUUCGCACUGGCAUAUCAAGGCACCCUCAAGGCUGAGACAGGCCCGCUGUAUCGCGAUUACAUCAAAGCUCUUCAAAGCCAGCCGGUCCAACCUGGUAUCGACUAUUGGAAGUCCUAUCUAGCUGGUGUUGAGCCCUGCCUCUUCCCUGUUCUGGAUGAUGGGGAAAUUGCAGAUGUCAAGGAGCUGCGACACUUGAGGGUGAAAUUUGACGAGCUAGCUGAACUUCAGAGUCUUUGUGAGCGACAGGGAGUCACUAUUGUCAACGCCAUUUAUGCUGCCUGGGCAGUCACGUUACGCUUAUACACUGGCUCUGACCAAGUCUGCUUUGGCUAUCUGACGUCAGCUCGUGAUCUUCCCAUAGAAGGUAUCGCAGAUACCAUCGGUCCCAUUAUCAACAUGGUCACAUGCCGUGUCAACGUUGACAGCACGACCAACCUCGGAGACAUCAUGACCUCAGUGCAGAGGGACUAUCUCGACAGUCUAGAGUACCGUCACACGCCCUUAGCUCAAGUCCAUCAUGCGCUCCAGCUCUCCGACGCUGUUCUCUUCAACACAGCCUUGUCGUACAGAAAGCUACCGCCACCGCCACUGACGGACCUUGUGUUUGAGGAAUGCUGUCCUACUUAUGACCCAGAUGAGUACAAUGUGUCGGUCAACAUUGAAGCAGGCGAGCACGACAUGGCGAUUGACCUGAUGUAUUGGUCAGAUACUCUGUCUAAUGGACAAGCUGCCAAUGUUGCGAGCACUUUUACAAAGGCGCUGAGUAACAUUCUGCAUCACUGCGACCAACCUGUCGCUCAGCUCGACCAUUUGGGGUCUCAGCAUCGCAACCAGAUCAGUCGAUGGAAUGAGCGAAUUCCUGAUGCGAUUGAAAGUUGCAUCCAUGAUUUGUUCAAACAGCAAGCCGUCCUACGUCCUGACAACCCUGCGAUUGUCUCUUGGGAUAUGGACUUUACGUACGCCGAGCUUGAUGCCGCAUCAGACAAGCUUGCCUAUCACAUUGCUUCUUUAGGCGUCAGCCUAGAGACGUUUGUGAUGGUCUGCUUUGAGAAAUCUGCCUUUGCUAUAGUUUCCAUGCUGGCCAUUCUCAAAGCUGGCGGUGUCUGCGUACCUCUGGAUCCAGCACAUCCUGAAGCUGCGCAUCGCCUUCGUGCCGAGGAUACAGGUGCUACUAUAGCCCUUGUAUCGCCUUCAUUGGUGUCCAAGCUCAGCUUCAUCGUCAAGACAACAGUGGCUGUGGACGCGCACUUACUGCAAAACAUUUCCACGCCACUUGAACCAUCUCUUCCUCAAGUCACACCUCACAACGCCUGCUUCGUUAUCUACACAUCCGGUAGCACAGGGCGCCCCAAGGGUGUAGUCCUCGAGCACAGAGGCAUCGCCAGCAACGCUAUCUACUCAGGCCCUAAGCUAGGCUACAGCCCAGACUCAAGGGUCUUGCAGUUCGCUUCGUACACAUUUGACAACAGUCUUGCCGAGAUCUUCAGCACCAUCAGUCUGGGAGGCUGCGUGUGUGUACCCUCAGAGCAUGAGAGGCUAAAUGAUCUAGGCGGAGCGAUUAAUCGGUACAGCGUUACGAUGGUUGAUAUAACGCCCACAGUGGCCUGCUUCCUCAAGCCUUCGGAGGUCCCGACCUUGAAGACUCUGGCUCUUGGAGGUGAAGCCGUGACUGCCAAGUGCGUUGGCAUAUGGCGCGACUUUGUGUCUCUGCGAUGCUGCUAUGGGCCGUCAGAAUGCUCCGUCAACUCGACCUUCUCUGGAGAGAUCGCUCAGCCAGGGAAGGCCAACAACAUCGGCCGUGCAAUUGGUAGCGUUGCUUGGGUAGUCGAUGCAGCCGAUCAUAACCUCCUUGUCCCGAUUGGUUGCGUUGGCGAGCUUCUCAUCGAUGGCCCUAUCGUAUCUAGAGGUUACCUGAACCUCCCAGACAAGAUGGCAGAGUCUUUUGUUCCUCCGCCCGCCUGUAUUGACGGAAUGACUGAGAACGCUGGGCCGGAUCGCAAGCUCUACAAAACCGGUGAUCUUGUACGCUACAACUCCGACGGCACCCUUACAUACUUGGGCAGGAAGGAUACCCAGGUCAAGCUCAACGGCCAGCGCAUCGAACUCGGAGAGAUUGAACAUCACAUCGAGGAGAAUCUCCCCAAGGGCUGGGAAUCUGCAGUGGAACUUGUCGCGCCACAGGGGAGGAAGUUGCUCGCUUGCUUCAUCUGUGCUAAUGGCGAUGUUUCCCUCCGAGAAACAAGGGAUGAGAGCAUGGUACUCGACAUGGACGACACUUUGCGAUCUCUUGCAAAAGAGCUCGAGAUUAUGCUGUUCAAUGUAGUUCCCGCGUAUAUGGUCCCAUCUGCUUGGCUACCCAUCUCCAAGAUGCCUCUUACUUCGUCAGGCAAGCUGAACCGGCGCAGCCUCAGGGUUCUAGGAGAGUCGGUGCCAACUACUAAGAUGAAGUCUUACAAACUUGCUCUCAAGAGCGGUAGAGCACCGUUCAGCGAGGUUGAGAAGCAAUUGGCUGCUAUGUGGGCUCAACUACUCGAUAUCAACGUGGCGUCUAUCGGAGUCCAGGAUCACUUCUUCAAACUUGGAGGCGACUCUAUCGGGGCCAUGCAACUAGUGACGCUGGCUCGAUGUUCCAACAUCGACUUGACAGUCGCAGGAGUGUUCCAGAAGCCAUCACUACUGGAUAUGGCAGAGUCCGCGGUUCCGUUAUCGAAAGCCCCUACCACGAUAUACCAACCAUUCUCGUUGUUGUCUGGCGACUGUUCGGUCGAUACGUUGCGGCAGACCGUUGCUGACUCUGCCCGUAUCGAUUUCGGUGAUGUUCUGGACAUCUACCCUUGUUCCGCAUUACAAGAGGGUCUCAUGGCUCUGUCGACCAAGGAGCCUGGCGCUUACGUGGCGCAACUCGUCUAUCGAAUGCCAGCCGACAUCGACAUCGGCAGGUUCCAGGAGGCCUGGAGCAUCGUGGUCGAAGCUGAGCCAAUGCUGCGAACAAGGAUCGUUCAUACAGAAGACGGUGGGUUUGUGCAGGUUGUUGUCGCCGGUGAAGCACCUCAGUGGUCGACCUUUGCCAGCCUCUCCGACGCCGACACAAUUCGACGCCAACUUCCACUGUAUAAUGGUGCGAGAUUGACUAACUACGGUAUUGUCGAAGAUGGUUCUACUGGCAGACACUUUGUGUGGACUAUCCAUCAUGCGAUCUAUGAUGGCUGGUGUCUUCCUCUCAUCCUCGACAAGGUCAAGCGAUGCUACCACGACGACCUGAGUCCAGCACAACUCAAAGGCCCCGACUACUCCGACUUCGUCAAGUACCUCACAAACCUCGACCGGGAUCAGGACAUCAACUUCUGGAAGUCCCAUCUCUCCGACAUAUCCACUCAGCACUUCCCACGUCUUCCCAACGCCGAUUACCAAUCCUCCGCAACAGGUCUGCUAGUUCACAAAGCAGCGUUGGGAAACCCGUCAGGUUCAGAGAUCACCGCUGCGACUAGGAUCCGCACAGCCUGGGCGAUGGCGGUGUCUACCUACUCUGGAGCCAACGACGUUGUCUUCUGGGAGACCAUGACGGGACGCGAUGCGCCUGUUGUCGGGAUCGAGGACAUGGCUGGUAUUACUUUGGCGACUGUACCAACGCGCGUCGUGAUCGACUCCUCACAAACCGUCGCUGAACUUCUCGUAUCUGUGCAGGAUCACUCAGCGGCUGUGAGGAGGCACCAAUUCGCUGGGAUCCAGUGCAUCAGGGACAUCAACGCUGAUACGGCGCUUGCUUGUGGCGCUCAGAACCUCCUCGCUAUCAACUAUGGACCUCGAGAGUCGACGGAUGCCUUUUGGUGCGAGCAGUCAAACGAGAUGGCUGGCACAAACUUCUACUCGUCAUAUCCGCUCAUGCUAUCGUGCCACUUUGCUGAUGGCGAGCUCGAGACUGUCGUGCAUUUUGAUCCUAACGUUAUACCUGAGGUUCAGAUGCAGCGCAUAAUGGAUCAUUUUGCGCUGAUGCUAGAUGACCUACAGACGCUGCGCGAUAUGAACAGUACCAUUCCGUCGCCCUCAGGUCGACUCAUACAUGAGGCUAUCGGGGCUCAGAUAGUGGCUCAACCACGAGAUAAGCUCGCUGUCGUGUCGUGGGACCAGAGCCUCACAUAUGAUGACUUGGAGUCUCAGUCGACACGUCUUGCUGGUGUCUUGGUGGCAAAUGGCGUUUCAGUCAACUCUAUCGUUCCGUUCUGCAUGGAAAAGUCGUCUUUGGUCGUUAUUUCUAUCCUGGCCAUUCUCAAAUCGGGUGCUGCCUUUGUGCCUCUUGACCCGGCGCACCCUGAUGCUCGUAUCAAGGGCAUUCUUGCUGAUACUGGGGCCACAGUUGUUCUUUCAUCUGAUCAACACCUCGAGCGUUUGACGAACCUCGGAUCGAUGGCCAUCUCUGUCUCGAAAGCUCUGGCAGAUGGUAGUACUUACAGUCAAGACGACGCAACCAGCCACUUUCCUCUAUCAUUAUCCGCCAACAGCCCAGCAUACAUCAUCUUCACCUCCGGCACAACCGGGAAGCCCAAGGGAACCAUUGUCGACCACUCUGCAUUCUGCACCGGCGCGUAUGCACACGGUCGUGCCAUGGGUAUGACAGAGUCGUCACGCGUCUUGCAGUUUGCUUCCUAUACCUUUGACGCCAGUAUUAUGGAGAUCCUCACCACACUUAUCCACGGCGGGACUGUUUGUGUGCCGAGUAGUGACGAGCGUCUCCACGAUCUUGCGGGUGCUAUCAACAGAAUGAACGUCAACUGGGCUCUGUUGACGCCUUCGGUGGCCCAGCUGCUUCAGCCCUGGCUUGUCCCUGGUCUUGAGAUACUGGUGCUCGGGGGUGAGGCCAUGUCUUCUGCUCAUAUCUCUUCGUGGGCGCCGUCAGUUCGUCUCAUGAACGCGUAUGGACCUAGUGAGACUGCUGUUGUGGCUGCUGUCAACCCGACUGUUACACUGGAUUCCUCUCCCUCGAAUAUCGGACAUGCUGUCGGCGGUCUCUGCUGGGUCACUGAUGCCACCAACCACGACAGACUGAUGCCCAUCGGCGCUGUGGGCGAGCUCGUGAUAGAAGGCCCCAUCCUCGCUCAAGGGUAUCUGAAUGAUCCCGAGAGAACUGCAGAGUCCUUCAUCAUCAACCCCAAGUGGUGUCAGAAGUUCCCCACGGCUGCUUCUGGCGUAGAGCGCAGGUUCUACAAGACAGGAGACUUGGUCAAACUUACCGAUGAUGGGAUUGAGUUCCACGGGCGCAAGGACGAUCAAGUCAAAGUCAAUGGUCAGAGGAUUGAGCUGUCCGAGAUUGAGCAUCAUUUGAGCGCGGACCCAGCUGUCGAGUCAUGCCUAGCCGCAGUACCAGGCUCUGGCCCCUUCAAAGCCCGCUUAGUAGCCAUUCUAUCCGCCCACUCUCUUGAGCCCACCAAAGCAGAUGAUGAGAUGCGCAUCAUACUCAAGUACCCUCAAUCCCUCUUGGUGGAUAUUCGUGCGGGUCUUUCAAGGCAUCUGACAUCCUACAUGAUCCCAUCUCUAUGGGUCGUUGUGAAUCAUAUUCCCCUCCUCCCCUCCGGCAAGGUUGACCGCAGGCGCACCGUGCGAUGGGUCGAGGACAUGACUCUUGAACAAUACCAUCUUGUUCUUGAUGCGCAGGAAGAGGCGUCUGCGCUAGAUAGAGAGCCAUCAGAGGUGGAGAUCAAGCUUAGGGCUGCUUGGGCCAAGGCCCUGAACCUCCAGGCCGACAAGGUUCCAUUCAAGCAGUCGUUUAUCCAUCUUGGUGGUGAUUCUAUAUCGGCCAUGAAGCUCAUGGCUAUUUGUCGCUCUUCGAACAUGGCUGUGUCUGUCAGUCAGAUCAUGCGGGCCAAGUCCAUCAUCGACCUUGCUUCAGCGGUCACCAACGUCAUGGAAGUCCUGUACGACGAAGAGAAGCUGGAGAAACCUUUUGAACUCUCACCCAUCCAGAAGGUUUACUUUGAGAAUAUCGGUCUCGGUUCUCACCACUUCAACCAGAGCAUGACUCUGGCUACGACCUGCACCAUCACCUCGUGGGAAUUGUCGGAUGCUCUACGCUGUAUCGUCGAGAUGCAUAGCUUGAUGCGUGCUCGCUUUUCGCGAGUGCGGGGCAAAUGGACCCAGCGGAUUACCAGCGAUGUCACUAGCUCAUACGCCUUCCGUUCACACGGCAUCGUUGAUGAGAAGCGGCUCUUGGAGUUGGUAGCCGAGAGUCAGACUACCCUAAACAUUCAUGAUGGGCCGAUGCUUGCUGUCGACAUGUUUGAGAUGCAGGCAACUGGCGACCAAAUCAUCACAUUCGUGGCUCAUCACCUGGUUGUCGACGUCGUGUCUUGGAACAUCAUCCUACAGGAUCUCGAAGGACUUUUGUCACCAUCUACCUACAGCCCUUCCAAGUCAGUCCCCUUCCAGUCGUGGAUAUCGAAACAACGCGACGAAGCCCAAAAGGCUUCAUGGGAGCGUGUAUUCCACGAUAUCCCAGUACCUGCAUCAGACUGCCGAUAUUGGGGAAUGGAAGACGUGCCGAAUCUCCAUGGUGACGCUGUCACAGAGACGAUGACAAUACCCAGUGCCACAUCAAACUUAGUCUCAGGUAGUAGCCAUGAUGUCGUAGAUGUCUUGCUCGCAUCACUUCUGGCAUCCUUCCGCCGAACCUUCCCAGAUCGUUCUUCGAUACCCCCCAUAUUCAACGAGGGCCAUGGGAGAGAACCUCCCGAUGACACUCUGGACUUAUCACGUACCGUUGGAUGGUUCACCACUCUCUGUCCUGUCUUUCUCCUCGAGGCCAUUCCCGCUGAACACGACAUCCUUGAUGUUGUGCAUUGGGUACGGGACUUUCGGAGAAAGCUUCCCGGUAACGGUCGACCUUACUUUGCUCAUAGCAUGUUGUCUGGCUCAAGGUCUCCGAUCGAGUUCCCGGUGGAAAUUGCGUUCAACUUCCUUGGCCAGACACGCGACUUUGGAACAGAUGAUUCUGUGUUCAAAUCCGUUGAUGGAAACAUGCUAAACUCUUUGAGCUCGCAGUCCGACAUUGGAGCCGACGUCCCACGUUUGGCGCUGAUCGAGAUUUCUGCUUCUUUCAACAACCAAGGCCUGAUCUUUGACUUUUCCUUCAACCGCCGCAUGGAACAUCAGCCCUCUAUCAGAAGAUGGAUAGAGAGUUGUGGGGAAUAUAUACACCGAGCAGCUCAGAUGCUAUCUCAAGUUACACGAGAGCCAUCCCCGGAUCUAUCUCUCCUUCCACUGGCCUUCAAGAAGGAGUCUCAAGUUACACAGGCCCUCACCGAGUUGGGGAUCUCUCCUGAUAAAGUUGAAGCAGUAUAUCCAUGCUCCUCGGUGCAGCAGGGCAUCCUAUUGUCCCAGAUCAAGGAUCCUGGUUACUACUCUUACUCCAUCACAUUCUCGGUAGCAUCCACACGACCAGGCGAUACGAUCAACGUACAGAGACUCUCAGAAGCAUGGAAGCGUGUAGUCCGUCGUCAUUCCACUCUUCGGACUGCGUUUGUGGACACCGCACUACAGGAGGGCGCUGUUAGCCAAGUCGUUCUAAGGAAUCACGACGCUAACAUUUGCGUCAUCCAGUGUCCCUCCACAGAUGUAGACCUCAGGCUCAGCUCCCAUUCACCACUCGGCCUUCCGACGAAUCAGCCGCCUCACCGUCUCACAAUCUUCGACACCGCAGAUCCUACAGUGCUGUGCGUGCUUGAGAUGAGCCAUGCUAUCUCUGACGGAACAUCUAUGCCGAUUCUGUUCCGCGAUCUUGGCCAGGCGUACGCGGGCACCUUGAGUGCUGCCAACCUCAACGUUUACAGGGAAUACGUCUCCUUCUUGCAGCGAAGUGGAGGCUCUCAGGACGCCAAUUACUGGAAGGCGUAUCUGGAUGGGGCUGAGCCUUGUUGCCUACCUCUUCUGACAGACGGCAAUACAGCGCCUAGGACUCUUCGAACCCUUACCCAAGGCAUCAAGCAUACCGCUGAGCUUCAAGCGCUCUGCACCGAAAGAGGCAUCACCCUCUCCAACCUCCUACAGCUGGCGUGGGCACUCGUCCUCCAAGCAUACACAGGCCUUGAAGAUGUCUGCUUCGGUUAUCUCGUUGCUGACAGAGAUAUACCCGUCAGUGGUAUGGACGACGCGAUCGGCGUAUUCAUCAAUAUGCUCGUCUGUCGCGUCCGCCUCGAUCCAUCCACCACCCUCAAUACCGCCCUGCGAACCAUGCAGGACGAUCUCGCCACGGCCAUGAACCACAAGAAUGUUUCGCUUGCCUACUUCCAGCAUGCCGUGGGCACCAACGAGUCUCUCUUCAACACAGCCUAUUCGUUCCAGCGCAGAUCAGUCUCCAAGGAUAUGGCAACUGGUGCCAUUUCAUUCGACGUGAAAGAUGCACAGGACCCUAGCGAGUACGACAUGACUGUCAACGUCGAAGUCUGGAACUCGAAUGUUGAGCUGCAGUUAUGUUACUGGCAAGACAGAGUCUCAGACGCGCAGGCCGUCAACAUUGCUUCAACAUUUGACCAAAUCCUUUCCUCGAUUGCGACAUGCGAUACGGCAAUUCCGUUAGGUCAACUGAACAUUCUCAGUGACCAGGGUAGACAGCAGUUGAUGUCUUGGAACAACGCUGAGCCUGAGGUCUUCAACAAAUGUGUGCACCACGUCUUUGAGGACAACUGUCAACAACUACCAGACCAUACUCCAGCCAUCGACGCAUGGGAUGCCACCUUUACCUACUCUGAGCUCAAUGCAGCUGCUUCGCAGUUCGCUCAGUACCUCGUCUUUCUAGGCGUCGGGCCAGAGACGUACGUCCCACUAUGCUUCGAAAAGUCAGCAUGGACCGUCGUUGCAAUGAUGGCAGUCCUCAAAGCCGGUGGCGCAUUUGUUCCUCUUGACCCUACCCAUCCACCAGAUCGUAUCAAGUUCCUGGUAAGCAAUGUCGGCGCCAAGCUCAUCAUCUGCUCCACGUCCUUGAAGACCAAGUUCGACAGCCUGGAUCUUCCCGCCAUUCCUCUCGGCAAAGAGACCAUGUCGUUGCUGCCCUCCGUAUUGCCAAACGCGCCCGACAACACUGUUCAGCCUGACAACGCUGCCUACAUCAUUUUCACCUCAGGAACGACAGGUGUUCCUAAGGGUACGAUAAUCGAGCAUGCAUCCUUCACCACCGGAGGCACCGCUCACGCCAAGGCUAUCAUGAUGACGUCUUCCUCUCGCGUGCUGCAGUUUGCAUCUCACACAUUCGAUGCUAGCGUCAUGGAGAUCCUUUCAACCUUGUUAGUAGGCGGUUGCAUAUGUAUCCCCAACGAACAAGACCGUAUGAACGACUUGUCAGGCGUCAUCAGCAAGUUCAACGUGAACUGGACCUUGCUCACACCAUCUGUCGCGAAUGUACUCAAGCCGGGCAGUCUUUCUACCCUCAAAGUCCUCGUUACUGGCGGCGAGGCAAUGUCAAGAGACCACAUUACGAAAUGGGCUGGCCACGCCGCUCUCGCCAACGCUUACGGUCCCAGUGAAACGAGUGUUAUCGCUGCAACAAGCACAAAGGUCGAUCAUGAUGGGAACAUCAUCAACAGUGACCCAGCUACUAUCGGCCACGCUGUUGGCAGUCGUUGCUGGGUCGUCGAUACACGAAACCACAAUCGCCUUAUGCCAAUUGGUGGUAUCGGCGAACUACUCGUGGAGGGGCCCAUCGUGGCCAGAGGCUAUCUUGGCAAUAAGUCAAAGACGAAAGAGGCGUUCAUAGAACCUCCGUCUUGGCGUACAGGCAUGAAACUUGAGGGUGAAGACAUCGGUCGUUUGUACAAGACUGGUGAUCUGGUCAUGUACAACUCGGAUGGGUCUCUCAAGUACGUGUCACGCAAGGACACGCAGAUCAAGCUCAAUGGACAACGUAUUGAGCUCGGCGAGAUCGAGUACUACGUCCAAGCUCAAUUACCGGACUACAUUCAAAGCGCUGUUGAUAUAGUUAUCCCGCAGAGCAAGACGUUAAGCAAGGCACUUGCGGUCUUCUUUACCAGCGACGAUGACUUCGAAGAUUCUUCCACCCAAGACCUUGAUCCACUUCUCGCAAGUUUGUCGAGCUCUUCGACCGACCUUGCCCAGUCCCUCAAGUCAGCCCUCAGGAAUGCUCUGCCAUCGUACAUGGUACCCGGCGUCUAUAUCCCACUUGUCAAGCUACCAUUGACGCUCGCCGGAAAACUCGAUCGCCAGAGACUCAAGUCCAUUGCAAAGUCUAUACCACCUCAACUGAUGGCAUCCUACAAGCUCUCUGGAAAGCCGAGAACCGAGAACCUCCGUACCACGGCGAUGCACCGCAAACUACAGAAAGCAUGGGCCACAGUCUUGGACAUUCCUAUCGACCAGAUCAGCAAAGACGAUAGCUUCUUCAGACUCGGCGGUGAUUCAGUCGACGCCAUGAAGCUCGUUGCGGCGGCUAGAGCGGAAGGCCUUGUCGUCACCGUCAUGGCCAUCUUCAGCAACCCUGUCCUGUCAGACAUGGCAAGGUCAUGCAAACACGCAGAAGAAUCUCUUAUCUCAAUUGUAGAGCCGUUCUCGCUUCUUUCAGAUAUUGGAGACCCUUCGUCGCUCCUGCAUGAGAUUGCAGGUCGAUGCGGUGUGUACGAGAGCCAGAUCCUGGAUGUCUACCCUUGUAGCCCUCUCCAAGAUGGUCUUGUUGCCUCUACUUUGCAACAACUAGGCGCAUAUGUCGCUACUUAUGUUUUCGAGCUUCCUUUGGACACCUGUAUGGAUCGCUUCAAGCACGCUUGGCAGAAGACCGUGGACCGGGUCGAUAUCUUGAGAACACGUAUCGUGAACACGUCGCUCAAGUCAUAUCAAGCUGUUCUUGCCCCUCAUGACAUUGAGUGGGAAUAUAAUGACGACCUUCAGUCCGCUACAGCCAAGUCUAGACCGGUACCUGAUCACAAUGGAGGAGUCUUGGCCCGUUACAGCAUUGUUCAGGCGCCUGAUGAUGGACCUUUCCACUUUGUAUGGAUUGUUCAUCACGCGCUAUAUGAUGCAUGGAGCAUGUCGGCUCUACUCAAGCUAGUCUCCCAGUUCUAUCAUGGAGACACUGCUCAUGAACACGUGGUCGCAUAUGCCAACUUCAUCGAGUACCUUGCCGAAGCUGACGCUGAAGCCGCUGAUGAGUUCUGGAAGGCUAGGUUCCAAGACAGCGCUUCAGUUUCCCAUUUCCCCAAAGUCUCUUCAGCGCCAACCGCGCAAUCACGCCAUGAGUCUCUGACACAUACGAUUCAGUUCAGUAGCAGUGGACUCGGAAUGGACAUCACGAUCCCAACAAUCAUCCGGGCAGCAUGGGCGCUUGUACUGGGAUCUCAAAGUGGCUCUGAUGAUGUUGUCUUCGGCGAGACCCUGUCUGGACGUGACAUCGCCCUCGAUCAUGUUCAAGACAUCCUCGGACCGACAUUGACCACGGUGCCGUCGCGAGUUCAGAUCGAUCGCAACAGUACCAUUGGUGAUUUGCUGAAGAGUCUUCAUCAACAGGCUACUGAGGUGAUUCCCCAUCAGCACGCGGGCCUCCAACGCAUCAGACGCCUGAGUGAUACCAUAUCAGUCGCCUCUAACUUCCAGAACCUGCUAGUCAUCCAGUCAUCCGACCAAGAAACAGGCAAGAAUGACUUGCUGAGCCCGGUUCAACACGACGGCGGUCAACACAGUUUCUUCACGUAUCCACUCGUUGUCGAAUGCUCCAUCGAGGCGCACGAGCUCGUCUUGACGAUUCACCACGAUGACAAGGUCAUCUCGAGUUGGCAGGCGCAGCGAAUCGCCCAGCAGUUCGAGGCGCUGGUUGGACAGCUCACGGAUCUGUCACUUCGAGAACCUAGCCUCAAGGUAUCAGAACUUCGACUCUACAGCCAAGACGACGUGGAGAUGAUCAGGGGAUGGAACAGUACAGUCCUUGAGUCCUCAGUGGAAAGUAUUCCGGACUUAUUCUGGCAGUCAGUAGCAGCUAGGGGCAACGACACUGCUAUACGCGCCUGGGACGGUCAACUCAGUUAUAAUGAUCUUGUCCAACAUGCCACGGCCCUUGCAAGAGUACUCGUGCACAAGGGUGUACGCGCCGAGGAACUGGUUCCGUGCUGUAUGGACAAAUCCCUCUGGACAACAGUCUCGAUGCUCGCUGUGAUACUCGCCGGCGGCGCCAUCGUUCCCGUGGAUCCUGCGCAUCCUUCUGCUCGACACGCCGAGAUCACGCGCGACUGCAAGGCCCGUGUUGUAUUAUGCGCGCCGCAAUAUGAGGAGCGCUUUCGGGGUCUUGUCGAAUCUGUUGUCUUAGUCGACGCUGACCUAUUUACUGCCAAGCUGGCUUCUCAAGAUACUUCCACCCAUGAUCUUCCAGCCGUCGCUCCUGAAGACGCCGCAUUUGUCAUCUAUACCUCCGGCAGUACCGGAAAGCCGAAAGGCGUUGUCAUUGAACAUGGCUCCUUCGUUACUAGCUCCAAGGCUUUCAUGAAAAGCAUGAACAUGACUCCAUCUUCAGCUGUACUCCAUUUUGCAUCCUAUGCAUUCGACAUUGCCAUGGGAGAGACAUUUGCUCCUCUGACUUGCGGUGCCUGUGUCUGUAUACCCAGCGAGGAGAUGAGGAUGUCAGAUCUUGCCGGCUCUAUGAACACUCUUGGUGUCACUUGGGCAUUCCUAACGCCCUCACUCGCAAAUCUCCAGGACCCUUCCAAGUUCACUACACUAAAGACAUUGGUCUGUGGAGGCGAAGCACUUACACCUGAAACCAUUAGUCUGUGGGGAGAUAAGGUCGAGUUGAUGAACGGCUACGGGCCAGCAGAGUGCACCAUGUAUGCCGUCGCCAACAACGCCGUAUCCGCUUCCAAGGACCCCGCGAAUAUCGGCCGCGCCAUGGACGGGAGUCACACUUGGGUCGUUGAUCCGAGAGAUCACAACAGUCUUGUCCCCGUGGGCUGUGUAGGAGAACUCCUCAUCAGCGGUCCCAUUGUAACCCGUGGGUAUUUGAACGACAGGGACAAGACGGCUGCGUCGCUCAUCGAGAGCCCAGCGUGGAUGGACCUAUUCACGAGCGAGUUUGUGCGUUUGUACAAGACAGGCGACUUGGUGAGAUAUUGUCCUGAUGGAUCCCUCGACUAUCUAGGACGCAAGGACCACCAGGUCAAGCUCCACGGUCAGCGUAUGGAACUCGGUGAGAUUGAGGCUCGUCUUGAGUCUGACUCACGCAUUCGCCAGGUGUUGGUCAAUUUACCCACAUCUGGUAGCUUCAAGGGACAUCUGGUAGCUAUUGCCUCUCUCCAAGAUCUUGUACCUACUGAAUCACCCCUUCCUACGGCUGGUUUUGUCCCCAUUCCCAACUCCGCCAUGGAUAUCGCCCGAUCGCAGAUCUUUGCGGUGCAACACAAUCUCGCCGAGACACUUCCACCUUACAUGGUUCCCUCGGUCUGGCUCGCGGUUCAAAGCAUUCCCCUUUUGCUGUCUGGGAAGAUCGACAGAGCGAGUGCAAGUAGUUGGCUUGCGGAUGCACAUACGGACUUUGGUAGGGUCACCAUCGGCAUGGACCAUGGACAAGAUACUGUCGACGCAGAAGUUACACCGAUUGGCCAGCAGCUCAGGCGUAUUUGGGCAUCAGUCCUCAACAUUCCAGAGACAGAAACGCCCAUGAACCGGUCUCUCAUUUCCCUGGGCGGUGACUCCAUCAUGGCGAUUCAGAUACUUACACACUGUCACGACCAGUCUAUCUCAUUGACUAUGCACGACAUCAUGAGCGCCAAGGGACUUUUUGAGUUGGCUACUAUCGUUGCUGCCAAAGAGAACCGGGUGCUCGACGAUUACGAGGAAGAUGACGACCAGGCAUUUGAGCUGUCCCCGAUCCAACGCGUCUUCUUCGACAACAGCGCCAAUAAGGACCGCGGGGAUCGCUUUAACCAAAGCCAGCUCCUAUCCAUUAGUAAGCCUGCGGUUGUGUCCAGCCUUCAAAAUUCUCUUGACGCUCUUGUUGAAAGGCACCCAAUGCUUCGCGCACGGUUCAGCAAAUCUUCUCACGGGCAGUGGAUACAGCAAAUCGUCUCGCGUGUCGAAGGGUCGUUUGUCUUUCAUCACCACGAGGUCGCUUCAGAGCCUGAGAUGGUUCCGAUAAUUGCCGCCAGCCAGAGCAGUAUCGACAUUUCUGGUCCUGUUUUUGUCGUUGACCUAUUUACUAUCUCUAAUGGCUCCCAAGUCCUGUCACUUGUAGCUCAUCAUCUCGUCGUCGACAUCGUUUCCUGGAUCAAUAUCAUUCACGACCUAGAGACAUUUCUGGCCUCUACCUACUUGCCGCUCGCCAAGCCUCUCUCGUUCCGCAGAUGGAAUGCUUUGCAGAUCGAACACAUCCAUGCUCUCGACGAAGGUGCAACACUUCUACCAUUUGCUGUACAGCCUGCCAACCUGGACUUCUGGGGCAUGUCCAAGACUGCCAACGUCUACGGAGACAUGACAAAAAGGUCGUUCGUCAUCACAGAGCCUGAUGUCAUCUCUUCCAUACUGGGUAACUCGCACAGGGCUCUGAAGACCGAACCACUCGAUGUAUUCAUCACGGCGAUUCUCAAAUCUUUUGCACAGAGUUUCGACAGUCGGGAACUGCCAACACUCUUCAACGAGGGUCAUGGCCGUGAACCUUGGGAUCCAGCCAUUGAUCCUUCACAGACCGUCGGGUGGUUCACCUCACUCUGCCCUGUUCACGUAUCACGAUCAAGUAUCGAUCACGGUAAUGAAGUCGAUCAUGUCCGUAGGGUGAAAGACGUGCGGCGCAGCAUUCCUGACAAUGGCCGCUCGUAUUUUGCGCAUCGCUACCGCACCAAGUCAGGCGAUAACGAAUCAAUGGAGAUCAUGCUGAACUAUCUUGGUCGCACUCAGCAAACAAACCCCACCGAUUCUCUCUUCUCCGCCGUUGACUUUCCUUUCACGGAGCAAGAGUCUCAGGCUAUCGCUGACGUCGCGCCCGAGACCGCUCGCCUAGCCCUCUUCGAGAUUUCCAUAUCUAUUAUUGACCAGGGAAUCAGUUUCACACUGAUGUACAACCGACACAUGCUUUAUCAAGACGGUAUCGCGAAGUGGGUGUCCAAUUGCAAGAAUACCCUCAUCAACACUACGAGAAAACUUGCCGAAACACCUUCUGUUCCUACACUCAGCGACUUUCCUCUCUUGCCCAUCAGCUACACGGAUCUGCACGAGAUCAUGACUACACAUCUCCCCAACGCUCAUGUCUCGUUUGAUAUGGUGGAGGAUAUGUAUCCAUGCUCGCCUAUGCAGACUGGUAUAUUGCUCAGCCAGCUCCUCGAUCCAUCCCAGUACCUAUUUCAUGUUGUUCUUCAACUCACUCUCCCCGAUGGCUCGGCAAUCGACACUGCGAAGCUCGUCCAGGCUUGUCACAGAGUCAUUGAGCGUCAUCCAGCAUUGCGAACCAUCUUUAUUGAUAGCCUGCGGGAAGGUGGCUCAUUCGAUCAAGUCGUUUUGAGACCCUUUGAGUCUCGCAUCAGCACUAUCAAGUGUCGGGAGAUCGAUGUCAUGGCCGAGCUGAACUCUAGGUCGCUCGGUGAGGCCAACAAGAGACACGAUGGCCCCAUGCUCCCGUAUCAGAUCACAAUCUGCGAGACGACACAAGGAAAGGUUUUCAUGAAGCUUGAACUGAACCAUGCAGUGACCGACGGCGCUUCGACAUCGAUCCUCCUCCGUGACAUCUCCAACGCCUACAGCAACAAAUUACCUCCUACACGAGCUCCUUCGUACAAGGAGUACAUCAAAUACAUCUCCAACCAAUCCACCGCUUCAAGCCUUGACUUUUGGAAAGUCUAUCUUUCGGGAUCAGAACACACUGGUUUCCCGACACUCAACCCAGACCUAAUGGCUCAACGCCGCCUACAGUCUGUCGCUGUCCAGUUCGACCGUUUCGUAGAGCUACAAUCACUCGGUUCCAAACUCGGCGUGACAUUCUCAAGCAUCAUUAUGGUGGCAUGGGCCCUGUUACUUGGAGUCUAUACGGAUCGCCAGGACGUAUGCUUUGGCUAUCUUGCCUCUGGACGCGAUGCCCUUAUCGAUGGCGUCGAUGGUAUUGUCGGUCCUCUCAUCAACAUGCUCGUGUUCCGCUUCCAGUUCACCCCCGAGACGCUUCUCAAGACACUCUUCUCCGCCGCUCGAGAUGACUACAUGGCCAGUCUGCCGCACCAGCACUUCUCUUUGGCUCGCGUUAGCCAUGCCUUGGGUCAAUCGAAGCGGGGCUUCUUCAACACUGCUGUGUCUAUCCAGAACGCCGGUGUAACAAGUGGCUCCGAGACUGGCUCUCUCAAUUACGAAGCUGUCGGUGCCCAUGACCCAAGUGAAUACGCUGUCACGCUCAACGCCAAUGCUACUCGAGGCGACGAAGGCAUUGUCUUCCGCUACUGGUCCAACAUACUCUCAAACUCACAGGCCCAGGACCUUGCCGUAAACAUGUCUCUUCUACUCAACGAUUUCAUCGAUCACAGCGGGAACACUCUCAUCCAUCUUCGACUAUUGCAGAGCUCACCAGUGGCUCGCAACACCUACACGCAAUCGUCCGAUGCUGACGGCUCCAACUCCGAACAUGACGACACGAACCACCAACCCAAAGCAAACAGCUCAGGAAUCAGUGCAUCUUCGACCUUGAUUGACGUCGGCGACGCAGCAUCCAUGUCAUCCAACAUGUGCAACUCAUUCUCCCGCGACAGAAAGAAUAUCCAUAACAAACUAUCCGCACUAUGGAGAGACAGUCUCGAGUAUGAAGGCUGUGCAAUCUCACCCACCGACAAUUUCUUCGAGUCCGGCGGUGACUCGAUCAUCGCCAUGUCCAUGGUUGGCAAUGCCAGAGACUUGGACUUGCCACUCACUGUGGCUGAUAUCUUCAAGAAUCCCGAGUUCGGUUCCUUGUUAGAUUGUCUCAAUGACAAGUCGUACAAGGAUAGUGACAGGUCUUCUAGCCAUGGUCACGUGGAGAUGUCGAUCUCCAAGAAGGAGAAAUACAUCACCAAAGACCAGCCUUACAAGCCGCUCUCUAUGCUUGACGCAGAUGAUACUGAGCAGUUCGUGCGAAGCUAUGUCUGUCCUGUUGUCGGCGUCUCUCGAGCCAGCAUCAUCGACGUUCUCCCAACUACCGACUUUCAAGACCAGGUCAUUCACGGAAGUCUUCUGAAAUCACGAUGGCAGCUAAAUUAUUUCCAUCUAGACUUUUCAGGGUCGCUUGACAUGGCGCUACUACAAGAAGCUAUCACAAACGUUGUGGCCGCUUACGAUAUCUUGCGCACUGUGUUUGUCUCCCAUCAAGGCCGUUACUUGCAGGUCAUCCUCCGCCAUGUCCAACCCACGGUCAUUGUUGAAGAUGUGGAGAGCAUAGAUCAAUUCACUUCCGAGCUUCAAGUGGCCCACCAGCACGAAGUUCCGCGUCCUCAAGAACCGUCCCUGCGCUUCACAGUAGCGCGACAGAAGUCAUCAGAACGACAUCGAAUCUCGGUCAGAAUAUCUCACGCGCAGUAUGAUGGCGUGUGCUUCCCGACGAUCCUACAAAGUCUGAAGGCUUCUUUUGAUGGAGAACCUAUCCAUCUCACACCCUCGUACGCAAGCUACAUCCAGACGGUCUUGGGAAUGAACAAAGAACGAUGCUACGCGUACUGGUCAGCCCUUCUAAAGGGUUCCGCUCCUACCAACGUCAUCCAACGACCGCGGACAUCCUUGAGAACAAGCCCUACCCUAGUCUUGAGAAAGACCGUGUCUACGGCCUCACUCGCGUCGGUCAACAUCACAACCUCAACGGUCAUCAAGGCUGCCUGGUCAACAGUACUGGCAAAGGUCACAGGGAAGACUGACGUGAUCUUUGGCAACGUUAUCAGCGGACGGAAUGCCAGCAACAUACCUGGGAUCCAAAGUAUUGUCGGCCCCUGCCUCAACAUCGUCCCCGUACGUGUCCGCCACCAAUCUUCUUGGGCCGUUCUGGAUCUCCUUCGAUACAUCCAAGACCAGCAAGUGGACAAUAUGCCGUAUGAGACACUGGGAUUCAGAGAGAUCAUCGACAAGUGCACCGACUGGGAUGACGAUGGAGUCAAUGGUUUCUCUACUGUUGUUCAGCAUCAGAGUAUGCCGCGCACAGAGAGUUUCGCAAUGGGGGGAAACACGUAUGAAGUCGGCGUGAUGGGUUCGCAGGAAGACUGCGCUGAUCUCAGUGUUGUGACGACGCCUCAAGAUGUCGACAGCACUGAAAUUUGUUUGGUUUACAAUGGGAAUGGGGAUAUAAGCAAGGAAUUGGCGGAACAGAUGUUUGAAAGUCUCUGCGACAGGAUUUCAGUAUUCUCGCAAGACCCCUAUGCCUUAGUGUAA